UCCUAGCACACGGUGAAAUCAAGACUUUCCUGACAGUAAAAAAAUUAAAAUUAAAAUUUCCCAUCCUAAGCACCGGGUAAAGAUCCUUUUCAAUCGUCAUGCUAUUCAAACAUAAAAGCUUGUUUACGUUCUUAUUAUUGUCUUCAUUUUAUGAUCUAUUGUACUAGUAGCCAUUUUAUGUGAUUCAUGAAUGAUUUAAGUUCGUACUAUUGUCUUUAUUUAAAAAUUCUAAAUUACUUUUAGUAUUUAUGGCAGUCCUCUCAGCAAAAUAGAGUUCUAUGCAUGUUAUUCGGUCUUAGAUUACUCUUUUGAUUCAUUGUGUCACUAAUAUUGAUUUUUAGCAGUAGGACAUAUGCACUUUUACUUGAUCCAUCACUAGAAAUAUGUCUAACAACUAUUGUUUGCUUUGUUCAGAGUUCUCAAGACAUUACACAUUCGUCAAACCAAGCGUCUACGUCAACAUCAGACAACAUAGUUGAGAAUGAGAUCGGAGAACUUUAUAACUCUCAAGACGCAAGAUAUUCAUCAACGGAAGCAUCUAGCUCAAUGUUCACCUGCACCUCUAACAAUGAAAUACAAGUAGAACAAUAUAAUAUGGACCUAUUUCAGCUUAUUGGGCGCGAGAAAGAAAAAACUGAUAUUCUUCAACUAAUUACAGAACAUGAUAGUGCCCAGCAACCUCAGGUGAUCGCGGUGUGGGGUAGUCCUGGCCUUGGAAAAACAGCUCUGGUCAAAGAUGUUUGCAAGAGCCAAGGGGUAAGUGAUACGUUUGAGAAACAUGCUUUUGUCACGGUCAUGCAACCUUCCAAUCCGGUCAUGCAACCUUCCAAUCCUGAAGAGCUCCUUAGGAGCUUAGCAUUAGAACUAGAUACAAACGAGGACCCAAUGAACCCGAUGGACACAAUGGGAUUUGAAGAGUUGACUCAAAAGUUAGCCCGUCUUUCAGAAUGAAAGAAGUGUUUGAUUGUUCUCGAUAACCUCUCGUCUACCUUGGAAUGGGAUUCGAUAGAGAAGAGUUUAAUUGGAAUGAAAACUUCAAGCUUGAUCAUAGUGAUCACCACAAGGCAAGAAGAUAUCGCGAAGCAUUGUUGCAAGAAACCAGAGUGCAUAUUCCGUCUACACGCUCUUCAAGAUAAGGAUGCAUAUGACCUCUUCACAAGAAAGGUAUUCAGGACUAAGAAUGCAGAUUUGGCAAAGGAAUAUCCUGAGUUGCUCGAACCAGCAAAAAUGAUCCUAAAAAAGUGCGAUGGGCUUCCGCUUGCGAUAGAAACCAUAGGUGGCUACUUAGCAGAGCAGCCAAGAAAAACAGCCAUGGAGUGGAGGAAAGUGAUUGAUCAAAUUAGUGUUGAGUUGGAGAUGAAUCCGAAGUUUGAGCCCAUAAGAACGGCUCUUGCUGUUCCAUAUAAUGGCCUGCCCUAUUACCUCAAGUCUUGCUUCCUGUAUAUGUCCAUCUUUCGUCAAGAACGCAAUGUUAGUAGGAUCCGUUUGGUGCGUCGAUGGGUUGCGGAAGGCUACUCACCAGACAGUUCGGUGGCACACAGAUACUUCAUGGAACUCGCUCAGAGAAGCAUGAUAUCACCAAUGGGGUCGGUUUUCAGCCGGUGGGACAGAAUCAACUCCUGCCAGGUACAUGAUCUGAUAUAUGACAUCAUCGUCGCAGAGUCGAUGGGGGAAAAUCUUGUUUUCAGGCUGGAGGAAGGGUGCAGCUCAAACACUCACGGCACAGUACGCCACCUUGUGGUGAACAGCAACUGGGUAGGAGAUGAGCGUGAGUUGGAGAACACCGUGGAGCUGUCCCGAAUACGGUCACUGACAGUGUUUGGCAAGUGGAGGAAGUUUUACAUCUCUCACAAGAUGAAGUUUCUCCGGGUGCUGGACCUGGAAGGAACGGAAGGUCUCACUGGCCAUCACCUUGAGCACAUUGGGGAGCAUCUUCACCUGAGAUACCUUUCCCUAAGAGGGUGUAAUGGUGUCACAUACCUCCCGGGAUCGGUGGGUAACCUGGGACAGCUCGAGACACUAGACAUCAAAUUUACAAGAAUAUUGGAUCUGCCCAGAACCAUCACCAAGCUCGGCAAGCUGCGUCUUCUGCAAGCCGGCAGCGCUUAUUCAGUUCAGCGGCGGACAUUGCAAUGGCCUCUUGGUGCAUGCCCUUGCUACAAGAAAAGUACCGUGCAUCUUUUUGGUGUUAAUGUGCCAAGAGGGAUUGGGAAACUAAAAACCCUGCACACGCUGCGGUCUGUGCACCUUGCAUGGGGAAAUGCCACCAUAAAGGAGAUCAAAGCUCUCACCGGCCUGCACAAAGUAGGAGUGUUUGGCAUCGACGCAAACAAUGGUCCGGAGUUCUGCUCAGCCAUCUCCAACCUCGGCUCUCUCGUAUCUCUGUCGGUGCGGUCCGAAGAAGGAGAUCUGUAUGACUGCUUAUAUAGCAUGCCCUCGCCUCCGAAAAAACUUGAGAGCCUCAAGCUGUACGGCUGUCUAAAGAAACUCCCAGAAUGGAUCAAGGGGCUCCAGAACCUUGUGAAGCUGAAGCUGGACACCGCCGAGCUAUCGGGAAACGCCGAAACCAUGCAGGUCCUCGGAAGCCUACCAAACCUCUCCAUCCUGCGUUUGCAGGUGAAAUCGUUUCAGAGUGAAGGCCAGCCUAUCACUUUCCAGGGAGGCAGUUUUAGAAGCCUAGUGGCGCUCCAUCUUUAUUUUAUCGAGGUGGAAAACGAGUCGCUGGAGUUUGAGCCAUCGUCUAUGCCGGAGCUCAAGGUGCUGAGCCUGAAGCUGUUGAACUCCAAAACCGGUUUCUUCUCUGGGCUCGAGUUCCUCCCAAGCAUCAAGGAGGUACGGCUCAGCGUCAUGUUGUCCGUGAUCUUUCUGAAACAAACAGAGAAUAUGAACGACGAGGAGGGGGAAAAGGAAUCAAAACACAGGACAGACAGGGUCACAGAGAACAUGGCAAAGCAGCUUGCGGGCAAUCAAAAUAGACCCAUUUUGAAGGUUCUGUGAGGCGGAAGCUUGCUACUUUACCAUUGUUAUGCCCACAGGGCAGUAACCUUGUACUAAUAAACACCACUUCUGCUGGUGCUGAUCUAACUAGC